CCGCUCCGCUCCGCUCCCCGCUCUCCUCCCGCUGCAGCCGGAGCGCGAUGCGCCCGUGAGCCCCGCACCGGAGCCGCCGGAGAGCCCAUAAAUCAUCCAGAAACAAGUUUAUGAGAAAAAUAAAAGGAAGAAGGCCAAGGAGGCAUGCCAGAGAAGGGAGCCUGCAGAGUCCAAGGGGUUCAGAGAAGGCUGCAGUGGGACUGCCUCUGAGAGGGAGAGUUAACGUCCUAACAGGUUUACCUUCUGGGACUCUGAGCUUGGAUUGCUGCUGGAACAUUUGUCCUGGACCUGGCCUCUGGGCUGGUUACUAAGGAUUUUCCCUGGUGCUUGACUUCAGAUAUGACAUUUCAGUAAUGCAGAGGCUGUAUCCUCCCUGGGCCCACCUUGGAAGCUAGAUCUGCAACUGCCCUUCAGUCAUGGUUGUUUCAAGAUUAAAGGCCAUUUCCCUGUCAUUGCCAAGCCUUUUUCUUCUUGCUUUUCAUCUCUCAGCAUCACAGAAUGUACCUGAAUACUCUGAAGCUGAACAUCAGCAGUGUGUCAGGAAAGAACACCCCACAAUUGCUUUUGAAGAUCUGAAGCCUUGGGUGUCCAAUUUCACCUAUCCAGGUGUGCAUGAUUUUUCUCAGCUCGCCCUGGAUGCCAACAGGAACCAGCUCAUUGUGGGAGCAAGGAACUACCUCUUCAGACUUAGUCUACACAACGUUUCUCUUAUUCAGGCAACAGCAUGGGAUUCAGAUGAAGACACCAGGAGGUCUUGUCAAAGUAAAGGGAAAACAGAGGAAGAGUGCCAGAACUAUGUCCGAGUGCUGAUUGUUUAUGGCAAGAAAGUUUUUACCUGUGGUACCAAUGCCUUUUCACCAGUGUGUUCCAGUCGUCAGGUAGGAAAUCUUAGCAAAAUCAUUGACAGAAUUAAUGGAGUGGCUCGGUGCCCGUAUGACCCCCGGCAUAACUCAACAGCUGUGAUUACAUCACGAGGAGAACUCUAUGCUGCAACUGUAAUUGAUUUCUCUGGGCGGGAUCCUGCUAUUUACCGCAGCCUUGGAAAUGUUCCCCCACUCAGGACAGCACAGUACAACUCCAAAUGGCUCAAUGAACCCAACUUUAUUGCUGCCUAUGACAUUGGUUUGUUCACCUACUUCUUUUUUCGAGAGAAUGCGGUAGAACAUGACUGUGGGAAAACAGUAUAUUCUCGUGUGGCCAGGGUCUGCAAAAAUGACAUUGGAGGGAGAUUUUUGCUGGAGGACACAUGGACAACUUUCAUGAAGGCCAGGCUGAACUGCUCCCGUGCUGGAGAAAUUCCUUUCUAUUAUAAUGAAUUGCAAAGCACCUUCUACCUUCCUGAGCAAGACCUGAUCUAUGGUGUCUUCACCACUAAUGUAAACAGCAUAGCUGCCUCAGCAGUGUGUGCCUUCAAUCUCAGUGCCAUUACUCAGGCAUUUAAUGGUCCUUUCCGUUACCAAGAGAACCCAAGAUCAGCCUGGCUGCCAACAGCAAACCCCAUCCCGAAUUUCCAGUGUGGGACACUGAGUGAUGACAGCCCGAAUGAGAACCUGACAGAGAGAGUCCUGCAGGACGCGCAGCGCUUGUUCCUGAUGAACGACGUGGUGCAGCCGGUCACCGUAGAUCCGUAUGUGACUCAGGACAGCAUUCGAUUCUCUAAACUAGUGGUUGAUAUUGUUCAGGGGAAGGAUACUCUCUACCACGUGAUGUAUAUUGGAACAGAGUAUGGCACCAUCUUGAAGGCCCUUUCUACCACUAACAGGAGCCUGAGGAGUUGUUAUUUAGAGGAAAUGCAGAUCCUCCCUGAUGGACAACGGGAAGCAAUCAAGAGUCUCCAAAUCCUGCACAGCGACAGGUCGCUCUUUGUGGGCUUAAAUAACGGAGUGCUGAAAAUUCCUCUGGAGAGAUGCUCCAUGUACAGAACAGAAGGGGAAUGCCUAGGAGCCAGAGACCCUUACUGUGGCUGGGAUAACAAGCAGAAGCGAUGCACCACCAUUGAGGACAGCUCCAACAUGAGCUUGUGGACUCAAAAUAUUACUGAGUGCCCAGUGAAAAACCUGACAACAAAUGGAAGACUGGGGCCUUGGUCCCCAUGGCAACUGUGUGAGCAUUCAGAUGGGGACAGCACAGGCUCCUGUAUGUGUAGGUCACGUUCAUGUGACAGCCCUCGUCCUCGCUGUGGAGGUCGCAGCUGUGAAGGGGCCAGGAUCGAGGUCGCAAAUUGUUCAAGAAAUGGCGCUUGGACACCCUGGUCUUCCUGGGCCCCCUGUAGCACCUCCUGUGGGAUAGGCUUUCAAGUCCGCCAGCGGUCCUGCAGCAACCCUGCUCCACGGUAUGGGGGCAGGGUCUGUGUUGGACAGAGCAGGGAAGAGAGAUUCUGUAAUGAGAACAGUCCAUGUCCAUUGCCAAUUUUUUGGUCUUCAUGGGGUCCUUGGAAUAAAUGUAGUGUGAACUGUGGUGGAGGAAUUCACUCAAGGCAAAGGUCCUGUGAAAAUGGGAAUACAUGUCCAGGCUGUCCUGUGGAAUAUAAGACCUGCAACCCAGAGAGCUGCCCAGAAGUACGUAGGAACACACCCUGGACCCCUUGGAUGCCUGUCAACAUCACCCAGAAUGGUGCCCGCCAGGAGCAGCGCUUCCGCUACACGUGUCGUGCCCAGCUGUCUGAUCCCCAUGAGCUGCAGUUUGGGAGAAAGAAAACUGAGAGUCGAUUCUGUCCCAAUGAUGGCUCAGCUAUGUGUGAAACUGACUCUCUUGUUGACGACCUCCUCAAGACUGGUAAGACCUCUGCACGGAUUAUCAAUGGGGGCUGGUCCUUUUGGGGGGCCUGGUCUUCCUGUUCCAGGGACUGUGAGUUGGGCUUUAGAAUCCGGAAAAGAACAUGCACAAACCCUGAACCUAAAAAUGGUGGCUUGCCUUGCGUGGGGUCAGCGAUGGAGUACCAAGACUGCAACCCACAUCCUUGCCCAGUAAAAGGCUCUUGGUCUUGCUGGACUCCUUGGUCUCAGUGCUCGGCAACUUGUGGAGGAGGGCACUACCAGCGCACACGGACUUGCACCAACCCAGCUCCAUCUAGUGGAGAGGAUAUCUGCAUCGGGCUGCACACUGAGGAGGCUCUCUGCAACACCCACCCGUGUGAAGGUGGCUGGUCAGAGUGGUCAGAGUGGAGCCUGUGUAAUGAAGAGGGCAUCCAGUAUCGCAGCCGUUACUGCGAGGUACACAGCCCAGACUCUUCUCAGUGCAUUGGAAACAGCACACAAUACCAAGAUUGCCUGUAUAAUGAAAUUCCUGUGAUCCUGCCAGCAUCCAGCAUUGAUGAGAGCACAAACUGUGGAGGUUUUAGUCUCAUCCAUCUGAUUGCCACUGGGGUCUCCUGCUUCUUUGGCUCUAGCCUCUUAACAUUUGUGAUUUACGUGUACUGCCAGCGCUGUCAGAGGCAGUCCCAGGAGUCGACCGUCAUCCACCCAACCACUCCCAACCAUCUUCAUUACAAGGGCAACACAACCCCCAAGAAUGAGAAGUACACCCCCAUGGAGUUCAAGACACUUAACAAGAACAACUUGAUACCAGAUGACAGGACCAACUUCUACCCCUUGCAGCAAACCAACGUGUACACAACAACCUACUAUCCCAGUACACUGAAUAAAUAUGACUACAGACCGGAGGCCUCUCCUGGAAGGACCUUUACCAACAGCUGAUGAUGGACAGAUCCUACAGGACUACAUCACUUCCUAUAUGAAUUUUUUUAAUUGAUUUUGUGGACCAAAUACUGGCCCAGCCUCUAGAUGUAAAUAUUGUACAGUAGGGUCUUUUUUUUUCCUUUGGUUAAUUGUAUUUCUUGUAAACAGCACAUCUCCUUACAAGGACAUGGCAGGACCAUUCUGCAGAGCUUUUGUGGCUGUUUGGUUGGAGAUGGCUCUCACUACUGCAACUGUUUAUGGCUGGAAGAUCAGCAUCACUGUCCAAGGCUGAUGUCAAGUAGCUGGCUGUGCCACCACGCAGCAGUAUGAGUGCAUGUGGAGUGACACAGGAGGUGGCUCCUGGGGCAAGGAGCAUCCUUCCUGGAACAGAGAAGCAACAGGGCGUAAGAUGAUGCACAGUGCAUGGAACCGACCACGCAGGACUCCGUCGUGCCAACAACUUGAAGAACGUUUUCCUUUUCAUUUCCUUUUUUAAUUUUGAUUUUUUUUUUUUUACAGUUUCUGCAGGAAAAAAAAAAAAAAAGAAAAAAGAAAAAAAAAUUAACUUUCUAGGGCAACAUUCCUGUAUCUUCAACAGAAUCUUUUCAUACUGCAGGAAAUAAUCUCCACCGCCUUCUUUGGUAAUAUGCAAUUGAGCUGGUAAGAAACAACAUACAAAUAAAGUGCAUUACCCAAAGAAGCUUUCUAGAAUGUUUCCAGUCUUAAUUCAAAGGAAAUUAUACUGGCAGUGAGAUACUGAGGAAAGUAAACGUUGGAAUAACAUCGGAGACAUGAACUUGGAGUGCCUAGCAAACAAAGAUGUUUGUAUCACUGGAAAAAAAAUAUGAUUGCCGCACAAGAGCCACAGGCUUUUUUUCUUCCAUUCUUUCAUUUUGCUUCUGACACAGUGUUAACUCUUUUUGUUCUAGCUUUGAUCCUGAUUGUGUCCGCAAGGAAAGACAACAUUGGAGGCCGUGCUCUUCUCUGUGGGAAAUCACCAUGCUUUGGGCUAAUUUUUACUCUUCUUUUAUUGUCUGUUUUUAGUUUGUAUACUUUUCAAAGAGUGAAUAAUUCUGACUUUAAAGGGGAGAAUGUUUUGUAAGGAAUGUUUCCAUAGUCUGACGUGACCCAGAAAGUCUGCUGCACAUUCUUAUAGCGUCUUCCAGUCAGUACUCUAUGAAAUAGUAACACAGCUGAGUAAUGUGCAUUGUUUGCCAAUAUUUCCUUAAUUUUUCUGAACAAAACCAACCCAACAAACAACUGCUGCUGCAGCUAUUGAAGUGAAUUGGGGCAGUAGCGUUAUUAAACAAUAUAUACAGCCUUGAAAUGUAAUUUUGUGUACAUGUGUGACUGUGUCUAUGAGAACUGUAUUAUUUUAAUGCAGAAGCCAUGUUGUUUACAGCCAGAUGUUUGUCUAACAUAAUUGUUUGGCAAAAAGGAAACUUAUUGCUGGUGCUUAAUGUACAAUUACAUCAAACGUGUUAGCAACGUGAACAAGUCCACCACUGUUGUCAUUCAGUGUUUCUAAAUAUUUAUAACAAACUCCUGAUGCUAAGGAUUUUAGAAUGUUGCAAUACCAAGCAUGAGAUAAAAGUACACCCCGAAAUGCGCAUGAGCUCCACGUAGUCCUGAGCUUGGAUGUGUUGUCUGCAUCUUACCCGGACGACUGCCAUGCCCACGCAUGGCUGUCAGCUCAGCUGUGUACUGAGUGUUUUGUCUUUGCUUUCUUUCAGAUUUUGCCAUAAGCCAAUAGUUUCUCAGUGCUGUUCCUUUGCAGUUGCUUGUUGGAGGUCUGGCCGGGGCCAUGUGUUCUUCUCUUUCAUGCAGGUAGCCAGUAGGAAAUGAAGAAAGGCUCAUACAAGUGCAUUGCUUUUCCUGCAAGGAAAAGCCAACAUGGCUCUAUAAGCCUGUGUUACGAUUGUUUGACCGGAAGGCAAGCAUAAAGUAGCCUCCCACUUUUAAAUUUCUUUUUUUUUUUUUUAACUUCAGUUUGCAGUGACUGAAGGCUGUAGGAUAUUUGUAAUGAAGUGGGGUUAUUUGCACUGCCUCAAGAAUGCCUUAGGCUUGGUGCUUAUCAUUUCCAGCAGCUGUUCUGAAUCAGCAGCUCACCUUGCUUCUGUUUCAGCUUCACCAGGUGAAAAAGAGGGAAUCAAACUGCCUACUCCCCACAAAACACUGGAAAUCUUGGCUGUAAGUCACUCCAACAAACACGUGGCCCAUGGGCUGAGUGCAUUUGCUUUGGACUGCCUGGCUGGAAUUCUUCAGCUCCCAGUGGAGGAGUCGGAAGAAGAUGGGGCUCCCACAGUCAUGCUCACUGUUGUGAAAUUUGAGCCACCUUUGAGCCUCCCUUUCAGCACCGACACAUUCUGCCGUCAUCGUGCACAUCACAGAAUUGCAGCUGGAGUUUAGGGGAUGUGAGUGAGUCAAAUCUUGCAAUUUUUUUUUUCAUUUUCCAUUUUUCCUUUAUGUUUUUUUUUUUUUUCCUUCACUUUAAGCAUUUUUCCAUGCUUGGCUUUUUUCCCCAAAGAAAGCUCCCAUGUAGCAGUUGAAGUUACUUAAAUGUUCAGCUCACCAAGAUAGGUCAUUACUGCCAUUGUGCUCAGAAGGUGGAUAUUUUGUCAGCUAUUGGAGGACAGAUGCUUUAAGGGUAGCGCAUAUGGUUACCACUUCAUUGAAAUGCUCCUUCUUACCAGCCCUCUAAAUGGACCUAGUUCUUCUCAUGCAAUGGGCAGUCACAGCAAGGGUCUGUUGGCUCCAUUUGAGCAGAAUGCAGAAGCCAGGAGAGAGCCAGGAGAGAAAAAGAGAGAAAUCAGAGCACUUAUUACUCAAUUACUGUUUGCAUGAGGGUGCAGUUAUUUAAGGACCAUGUUAAUGUGAUGUGAGGGUUGCAUUUUGUUACGAACUCUCUAAUGUGUGGCAGGUUAACGAUACAAAUACAUGACAUUCUUGCUGUCCAAGUAGUACAGCAGUUUGAUCACUAGAUCUGCAGUAUCUGAGCAGGUUGGACUCCUCCUGAUUGCUGCUAGAGUUUAAGAGUUCCUAAAUUCAGCUUGAACUACACUGGAAAUGCACUUAAUUGGGACGCACUGCUUCCCAAUGAAACCAUCCAGCUCUCCUUUUUCUUUCACUUCUGAGAAAAGAGGAGACCCUGGGUGGUCACAGGGUUGGUCUGGAGCCAUUGGUUCUGGGGAGGAUUCAGGCAUACAGCACACAAAACACAAAAGACAGUGUUAGUCUGACAGCCCAACUUUCAGCAGAAACACCUAUAGUGGGAUGUUCCACACCCAAAUACGUGAACUGUAGAGCUAGUGUAGGAAAAGAACGUGUAGUGUGCUACCACCACUGUUCUUAAUGCCUUACUUGUAGAAAAACAGAUAACAGAGUUUGCUUUUGGAAAUCAACAGAGAGCAGGAACGGAGUGCACAUCUGAUGCAGAUAAUUUGAUGCCCCCAAUGUUAAUCUGAUGCUGAGUCCACCUGGGAAGGAAAUUGCUGUCCACUGAGAUUGAUUUAUUCUUUAUACCAAAUGUAGUGGGGGGAGAGUUUUAUAUAUAUAUAAAUAUAUAUAUAAAAUGUAAAUGUAAAGUUUGUGUAACAACUUGCUCUUUUUUUGUAAUAGUGUAUACAUCUAUCAGUGGAUAGGUACAGUAUAUAUUUAUAAUAUAUACACACUAUAUAUAUAUAGCAAAAUGCCUGCAGAGGAAACUUAAAAUAAGAAAGGCAGUGCUGGUAUUCAAAUGCCACAGGGACAAACUGAAGGAAAAAAAAAGUACAAAUCUAGUGUCCUUUCCAUUAGGAGGUGACAAAAUAUGAUUUUGAGGUAAAUGAAAUAUAAUUUUUUAAUUGAAAAGAAAAUUGAUUUUUCUAGUUAGAGUGCUGAUUCUCCCCUAAAUCAUUCUGGUUAAGAAUGACUGAGGAAAGGAUUCUUGUUACUGCUUAUAUUUUCUGAAUAAGCCUCCUGAAUCUCUCAUGUGUAUCACUCUGUUGUUUUUGUAAUUAUAAGUAGGGAGUAAUUGUGCAAAGAAAAUUAAAAUAGCAAGUAGAGUAACAAAUAAUGUACCAUUAGAGUAAAGCAUAAACUACUAGAACUGGAACAAUGUCAUCUUCCAUGUUAAAGAAGUUAGCAAUUGCUUUCUGAGUUAUUGAUCAGCAUUAUGAGACUGGCCUUACAGGGACACAAAGAAGUUUAAUGCAAGAUUUAGGGUUGAAAAACCCUGAAAACCAAUGGCUUUUGGUUUCAGAGAGGGCUCCAAACAAGGCUGUGGUGCGGGGGCAGCACCCUAUGGCUGGGUGCCCCUUCUGAGGAAGGACUGGACUCAUAUGGGGGAUUCUGCCCUUUCAGCUUGUAAGGAGAAAACCUGAGAAGGCUGCAAGGGCAGGUUUGGGCUGGGUGAGCAGACCCACGGGUUUCGGUGCUGUGCUAUCGCCUUCAAAAGCGACCACAAACCCCCUUGUGGGGAAUGGGGUCCUUGUGGGGUCAUCUAGCCUCAACCCUUUUGCCCUGAAUUCCUCCCUUUGGACCACUGCUUCUGUUCUGCUUCAGCUGCGAACCCGGUCCUGCCAUGGGAGGUGCAUGCACAGUUUAAGAGCAGCAUUUGGCUUUCCAGAGUCCCCAUCCUGCUUUGUUUUAAAACCAACCCAUUGCAAGAAACACAAAUGCCAUGAGGCUGCAGCCCCGCUCACACAGAGGCUUCAGGGUGUGUGAAGAGUGAGAUGGGGCCGAGUGUGUGAUGGAGGUGGGGCACAGCGGGGACAGGGCUGGGGAGAGAUACGAAUGGAACUCUUGUCCCAAACAGAAAACCUGGAGCGUGUCGCUGGACUCUGCAGUGGAGGCACAUCACCCUUCCUAUGCAAUUGAACUCGAUGGUACUUUAGUAUAAAGGUGACCUAGACUGUAAUCACUGCCUUUAGACACUGUGAAUUUUUUUGGGGUACUCUGUAUUUUUAUAUAUUGUACAAUGUAAAGAAUAAUUCAGAAAUAAAACACAACAACCUG